AUGUUACGAUUCUUUCAGAUGACCUGGACGACAGCUUUGUAUUUUUUGGUAUUUCUUUCUUUUGGAAAUUCAAUGCCUCAAAAAUCAAAGCCAUUUUGGUUAUCAGCAGAUAUAAAUAGUAUUGAAUGGCAGGAAGGAUGCUUGACUACAGUUCUGUGCUCUCAUCCGAGGUUUCAGCUUCUCAAAGAUCUCCUACCAAUUUCUGAACGUGCAUCUAUAAGUUGGCCAGUCACUGAACAAUUUCUAGAGCACACAGUUGCUCCGUUUGUCUCAUAUUGGCCAUCAGGACGGAUAGAAGAUGUAUCAUUGUCGGCACAAGUAGUUGGAGUAGACACAACUUAUGGAUUCCCAAGAACUUGCGACCAGACGCCUGCUGUUAGAAUAUUUCCAGUGGAUCUUUAUGAGCUGGCUCCCGAGUCGGCAGAAAAUAAAACGAUUCAUCUGAAGGCGAAAUGUUUUGAAGCAACGAUUACUGUCACGAAGCAUGUGGAAAGGUGUCCAUGGUGUCCGGAUCCGCAAGAGAUUUUAAUUUCAAAUGAGAUUCCACAACAGAUAAACCUGCAACAAUCGGCUCUAGAAUCUGGAAUUCAUUCAUUUGUUGGCAUUUUCUACAAAUCAUCAACUUCCGAAUCUCUUCAAGUUGGAAUUUGUUUGCUUGCAGCUUUGGCCUUUUUUGCUAGUCUAGCUUUUAUCAUUAUGCUUUCAGUUUACCUGAAAUCCAAAAAAUCAUCUCGAAGAAAUGUUAGUGUAAACGUUCAGCCACGUCUCAUUCCAUAUAACAGCCGUUGCGACGAUUAUGACACACGAUACGAUAUGCCUUGGGAUCAACAACGUCCACUGACAUAUUGGAUGUCAAAAUCUACAGUAACCUCUCCAAACUCUUUACGUUCAGAAGCUUAUCAAACGUACCGUAUUCCUCCACCACCGAAUUUUGCUCCACCUGUAUAGUCUCACUAAACUUUUUUCAAACUCAUUGAUCAAUUCGGGUCCCCUCUUGCACAUUCUCUGAAGAUCCUCAACCGGUUAUAUUACAUUUAUGGCAUUUUUACUUUGUUUAAUAAACUUUAUUGACAGUC